CGGCGUCAAUUCAACUCGUAGACAUUGAAACUCAAACUAUUAUCUCUGCCAUUAAAAAGUAGACGCCGGCAACACAGCGCCGCCGCGUCAGUGGCCCGACGCGGCCAGUCGAGCGGGCGCACGCGGCGAGCAAUGUCGUGCGCGGGUGAUGCGCGGCCGUCCCGCGCCUCGUGAGCGCUGCCGGCAUGUGAUGUUCCGGAGACGCGCGCUGCGGCGGCGGCUAGCAGCCGCCGGCGCAAACCACAUCCCCGACGACACUCUCAGGAGACUCUCCCGCGCGCUGGACACCCCACCCGCCUCAGAAUGUGUGCCAGCGGAUCCCAAUCUCAAACUCGUUGUGACCAGACUGUUCAGAUUCCCCGACUUGAGGGACCUCAACGAGCUGAGGCGCCUCCCGGUGUGCCGGGAGCAGAACUGCUGCAAUCCUCACCAUUGGAGCAGACUGUCGGAACCCGAAAUCCCUCCCCCGCCAUACACGCCGUACGCGAUGGAUGACGUUAAAACUAAGGACCACGGAGAGAGCACAGCAGACGCGAGGAGGACCGACCACGAGCGGCUAACUGCGGGCUCUCUCGCCACUGACGGCGAAGAGAAAGGCACGUGGGAAACGGAGUGGUGCCGGCUAGCGUACUGGGAGCUGGCGCGGCGCGUGGGCCGGCAGUUCGGCGUGCGCGUGCGCUGCGUGGAUGUGUUCGGCGGCGCCGGCGCCGGCCGCGCCGGCCUCUGUCUCGACGCGUUGGAGGACGCCACUAAAGCUGAUCAGGUGAAGAAGAUCCGAUCCAAAAUCGGUCUGGGCGUGACUCUCUCCCUGGAGUCGGACGGCGUGUGGCUGUACAACAGGAGCCAGCAGCCCGUGUUCUGCAGCUCGCCGGCGCUGGACGCGGCGGCGGCGCGCGCGCUGCUGGUGUGGCGCGUGCCGCCCGGGCACUGCCUGCGCGUGUUCGACCCCGCCGCGCCGCCGCCCGCGGCCUCGCUGCCGCACGUCGGCCCCGUGGACCCGCGCUCCGUGCGCAUCUCCUUCGCCAAGGGCUGGGGCCCCAAGUACUCGCGCCGGGACGUCACCGCCUGCCCCUGCUGGCUCGAGGUCCUCCUCGCGCCCCCCAGCUGACCCUAGUGCUUAUAAAACUUUUUAUACGGGAUUGUGUUUUUAUAAACGUUUUUACGGACGCGGUGUUCAUGAACUUAACCAAUUAUUUAUGUGAUGUUAAAAUUUAAACAGGUUUAUGUGGAGAGGCCUUGUGACCAGUGAUUUUAAUGAAUUUAUUGUGUGAAUGUGUUCUCACGGGAGACGCGGGACGUUAGGAGAGCCACCAUUGUCAUUACCGCAUUACUUCAUGUCAUUACCAUGUCACUUUCAGUCAUUACCAUGUCACGCCAUUUUUCGUGAAGUAACUCGCUGAAAUUGGAGAAGCCAAUUUUUUGUGGAGUGCGACUUAUUGCCUCUAUCCGCUGCUGCGUUUUCUGUGAGCAUUGCUCUGUGUCACAUCGUCACAUCUACAAAUAUGUCAGCUUCAUUGUGACAUUAACCCUUUCAGAACAGAUCAAUACCCACGAGUGAGGUGAUGAGAUCAUUUUUAACACAUGUCAAUAGCCUGCAUUUCAGUUGUGUUUAUGUCCCGUCAUGUUAUUCCUGUUUUUAAGGAGUAACAUGAUCACAUUGACGUCACGACGUAUUUUCGUGGCUGAUAUAUUUGUAGCGGCAAGUCUUGUGAUACGUAGCACUUUUGAAAGUCAUGAUAUUUAUGAGGCCUUACUGUCAACACUGUGUGCACCAUGUAUAGUCACCUAUACAAUUGUAAGGAUUGUAUUAUGUAUAGCGCUCGACUUAAGACAACGCGAGACUGUAAAUAAUAAAUUAAUACUUACAAUUAUGUACUAUAAAUAUGUAAUUAAACUAUUUAUAUUUUAAAAUAUGCCUUACCUUAGAUUGUACAAUUAUUUAAGAGUUAGUGUAUAGAGUUCUUUUUGUACAGUAAUUGACACUGAUGUAUUGCGAGAUAGUUUGUUUAAUGUGAAGGCUGUGUAAGCAUUUCUAAGCGGCCUUGCGCCGAGCUACACCGGGAACCAUGGCGAUGUCACUAAACAGUGCUGACAUUCCCGUCAACCGACCGACGUGACACUACUCUUAAACUACGAAGAUCUGCCAAUUUUAUAAUAAAAUGAUUUAAAAAUAGAUAGGUAAUGUCUACAGAAUAAACAUUGUGCCUUGCGUUGUAUUCAAGUACCUAUAAUAAAUCCAAAAUUUACGUAGGAUACUACUGUCAAUUUCACUGGCCUAUAAAGUUAAGUCUUUACAUAGUUAUACAAAUGUUUGAAUGGAAAAGCUCGAAUUUAAGGGUAAAGUAUAUACAUAACACGCUUUAGGACCGAGUGAGUCGAUGACAAUAAAGUUUAUCUAGUCUUUAAAGGUCUAGCUUCGUUAUCCGCGGCUGCCGUCUCGGCCAGGGUGACUCGCUGUCAAUGUCACUACCGUUACCGUUUGCUGUCACUACCGGUUUCACUAUUGACUGUUUCUAAAAAUAUUUUUUCGGCAUUUCUUUACAUAUACAUAUAUGCAAACCAGAUGAAACUCAUGUGUAGUUUCACUUUUAAGAAUACUUGCAUGCAUUUUGGCCGAUUCGGUAGGGAGUAGUUUUUUUACCAAGAUAUAAAAUCACAAGUAGCCGAUCGGUUUAAUCCUUUAGUCUGCUAAUUUUUUUUUUUAAUACUUACUGUUUUGGAUUCUUAUUAGUAUUAUUAAUUCGUAUUUUUCAAGCAACGAUUGGUACCCGUCUUUCUACUGGAAUAGAUUAAGAAAUGACUUGAACUGUGCGGCUACUCGUGACUAUCUUUGUUGCGAAUUCUGUGUAACUUUACUAGGCACUGCUCAAUGUAUUCAUUGUUUCAUUCCGGGGGCCUAGCUAAGAUGCCAAUCGUUCAAAGAAAUGGUUAUGUCUCUCUGUCGCACAGAAAUGUGAUAGAGAGACAUUACCGUUUCGUUAAGGCAUAAACGAUUGACAUUUUUGCUAGGCCCUCUGAAUCAAUAAGCUAUCGCGGCUACUUAUUUACACGUAGCUCCAUUUUUAAGUGACCAAUAGAAAAUCUUGAAAUUAAUGCCCACUGACCAAUUAAUGUAUUUAAAUCAAAUUUUUGUCACACUUGAACUGUCCAAGAGUUUAAUUUUACUAAAAAAAACUGUUUUUAAAACCGUUCGAUAGGUCUAUAAAAUGCAAUAGUUUUGUCAAAAUAUUAUUUAUAAUGGUACCUUAUAAGAUGCCGGUAAUAGGUAAAUUUAGCUGAUAAUAGCCAUUGAAAUUUCAGUCACUUUAGAAAAUUAAGGUCAAUAUAGGGAAGUUCGGAUAAAUUUAUUGCUUGGAUGACCUUCAUAGGGCAUUGUGUUUUAUGCGUACGUCGCUCAGAGACAGUCGGAAAGGAAGAUCACUCCUUCUGCUCUACCGAUCUUUAUCCUUACCACGAGUUUUACACUGACAUAUUCGCUAGCGACUGCAUAACUAACUCACUAUGCAGCUCCUUCAUACUGACAUUGCUUCAAGCGAGAUGCAAUGCGUUUGAGUUGACGUUGUCGCUAGCGUUUAAAGGGGCCCACUGGUUAACAGUCCGCCG